AGCCAGCGGCGGGGUCCUCGCAGGCUCCCAAGAUGGCGGCCUCCAUGGCGGUCGCUGUGGCGACGGGACCGGCCCGGGCCCGGGCCCGGGCCCGGCGGCUCUGGGGGUUGUUGCCCGGCCUGCCGAGCGGCCUCCGCGCCUGUCUGCCGGGCCUGGCGCAGGUUAGGUGGAGCCGCUACAGCCCCGACUACCGGGAGCCGCAGCUGGACAAGGCCUCCUACCGCAAGCCCGUGGGGGAAAUGACCGAAGAGGAGAAGUACGAGCGGGAGCUCCGCAGCACGCAGCUCAUCAAAGCGGCCCCCGCCGGCCGGACCACCUCGGUGUUCGAGGACCCCACGAUCAGUAAGUUCACCAACAUGAUGAUGAAAGGAGGAAACAAGGUGCUGGCCCGGUCCCUCAUGCUGGAGACCCUGGAGACCCUGAAGAGGAAGCAAUUUGAAAAGUUCCACGCCACCCCGGAGCAGGAGCGGGGGUCCAUCGAGCGAAACCCCUACGUUGUCUUCCACCAAGCCCUGAAGAACUGCCAGCCCAUCAUCGGCCUGGUCAGCGUCCUCAAAGGGGGCCACUCCUACCAGGUCCCAGCCCCCUUGGACGAGCGCCGCCGCCGCUUCCUGGCCAUGAAAUGGCUGAUCACCGAGUGCCGGCGCGGGCGGAAGCCGAGGCGGAUGCCCCUGCCCGAGAAGCUGGCCCACGAGCUGCUGGAAGCCUUCCACCACCAGGGCCCCGUGGUCAAGCGCAAACACGAGAUGCACAAGAUGGCCGAGGCCAACCGGGCCUUCGCACACUACCGCUGGUGGUAGGGACGGGCGGGCGGGUGGAAACGCGGGCCGGGGAGGGGGCGGGGGGUGGGGGCCGACCCUCGCCCAGGCCGCCCCGGGCCACGACACAGGCAGCGGACUGAGCUUGGAAAACGUUUAUUAGAAAAGCCCCCGUGGGGCCCCAGCAGGCGGUUGAGCAGUUCAUUAAAACUCUGCUGUGUGAGAAAA